AGCAUGGCCAGGGGCGGGGCUUCCCUGAGGCGCGCCGGGAGGCGGCGGCCCACUUCCGGCAAUAAUCGCCUGUUCGCCGUCAGGUGCGGGCCCAGGUGGCCGGCGCGCCCUUUGGGCACUGGGGGACGCGGGCGCGUCAGGUGAAGACUGGGGGCCGCAGGCGCGCUAGGAGAACUAUGCCAUUUUUGGGUCAGGACUGGAGAUCUCCUGGAUGGAGUUGGAUUAAGACAGAAGAUGGCUGGAAGAGAUGUGAAUCUUGUAGUCAGAAACUUGAAAGAGAGAAUAACCAUUGUAACAUCAGUCACAGCAUUAUCUUAAAUAGUGAAGAUGGAGAAAUAUUCAAUAAUGAAGAGCAUGAAUAUGCAUCGAAAAAAAGGAAAAAGGACCAUUUUAGAAAUGACACAAAUACUCAAAGUUUUUAUCGUGAAAAAUGGAUCUAUGUCCAUAAAGAAAGCACAAAAGAAAGGCAUGGCUAUUGCACCUUGGGAGAAGCCUUUAAUCGGUUAGACUUCUCAAGUGCAAUUCAAGAUAUCCGAAGGUUCAAUUAUGUGGUCAAACUGUUGCAGCUAAUUGCAAAAUCCCAGUUAACUUCAUUGAGUGGCGUGGCACAGAAGAAUUACUUCAACAUUUUGGAUAAAAUCGUUCAAAAGGUUCUUGAUGACCACCACAAUCCUCGCUUAAUCAAAGAUCUUCUGCAAGACCUAAGCUCUACCCUCUGCAUUCUUAUUAGAGGAGUAGGGAAGUCUGUAUUAGUGGGAAACAUCAAUAUUUGGAUUUGCCGAUUAGAAACUAUUCUCGCCUGGCAACAACAGCUACAGGAUCUUCAGAUGACUAAGCAAGUGAACAAUGGCCUCACCCUCAGUGACCUUCCUCUGCACAUGCUGAACAACAUCCUAUACCGGUUCUCAGACGGAUGGGACAUCGUCACCUUAGGCCAGGUGACCCCCACGUUGUAUAUGCUCAGUGAAGACAGACAGCUGUGGAAGAAGCUAUGUCAGUACCAUUUUGCUGAAAAGCAGUUUUGUAGACAUUUGAUCCUUUCAGAAAAAGGUCAUAUUGAAUGGAAGUUGAUGUACUUUGCACUUCAGAAACAUUACCCAGCGAAGGAGCAGUACGGAGACACACUGCAUUUCUGUCGGCACUGCAGCAUUCUCUUUUGGAAGGAUGUGCUCCUCCAAGAUGAAACGGAUGUCCGAUUCUGGGAGCCGGAGGAACACGCUGCAAUGCACUUUCAGACUCUGCAAGGAAGAGUGGGCGGGCACACAGAAUCUCAGGAAGACGGUUCAGGGAGGCGGGGACAUUCAUCAUGUGUUUACCAUCGGCUCUGACAGCCCGGCUUGAAGCUUCCUUCUAAGGAUAGAGACUGAGCAGAGACUCCGUGUGUCCUGGGCCUCAGUGGAUAAAAUUAGAAUAUGCAGGAGCCUGGGAAAAUGAACCUAUGACCCUGGGCACCUGGCAGACUUUAAAAGCGAAUUCCAGGUACAAGUCUGUUUUUUUAAACAUCUGUCCAAGGCUGCCAUGGACCAAACUCCUAAAGAUACCUUGUUGCCCUAGAAAUGUCUCCAAAACUCAAUACCCCACUAGUUUUCCUACUCUGUGUAGAGACUUGGCUCCCACCUCCCUCAAUUACAUGACCUUCUUCCAUCAAAUCCACUCUCCACACAAAGAAGAAAACAGCACCUAAUUCUGAUGAAAACGUCUGGCCAUGGGAAAAAGCCCUGCAGGUCCCAGCCUUGGCCUUAAUGGAAGGCGGGGUUAGGGGUAUGACGACCCCCGCAAGAGCUGUGCUUCACCUCACACAACCUCCCUGGUCCUCACUCUGGGUGAGGUAGAAAUGCCACUGGCUCUACUUCCUGUUGAUAUGGGGACAUUGAUCCUCUCUAGGGUUGAGAACCAGGAUUUAGACCGAGAAAUGGACUUUAUGGCCUCAAGGGAGAAACAAGCAAGAGCAGAGCAGGAAAUGAACAAAAUGAACAGGAGGGGACCACAAUGGACAGUGGUUCACAGAAGAGGGCCUGUUUUAGAAGAAAGAAGAAGCCUCUUGGGUGUGGCACACAGGUGAGAGGAGCCAUGGGUCAGGGCACCAAGGAGCCAGCCAGGUGAGCAGGACCCUUGGUUGCACAGGUGCCCCAGGAUCUGCAAGAGGAUUCUAUGAAAGCGCAUGCUAGAAGAGGCUGCAGGUGAGCCUGCCCGAGAACACCUCCCACACGAGUUGCCCCACGCUCCCCAGGUUUGGCCCCUCCCCACUGGCUGUUUGGCAGUUCCAGCCCUGAAGCCCCUCGCCCCUCCUCACAGGGCCUCCCACCAUCCCCAACCCUGUCCUCACCCACCAGCUUCCUCAGCAAGCAAUUCGUUAAAGUGAAUCAAUUUUAAAGAGUAUUAAGUAUGUUAUAGCACAGAUAGCACUCGCGUUACAAAAAUGAGAAAUCCAAGAACUGCAGUUCAGAAGGCCCAGCCCCAACCACACCCCCUGACUUUUCUCAUGUAAAUGGGAGGGCGUUUCAGAACCCCACUGGCACAUGCUGCCGGGGUAGGGCUCCUCCCUUCUGCUUCCAGUGCCUUCUGCUCCCUGGGCCCAGUGCUCAGCCAUGGGAGGAGCCAGUGCAGCUGUCACGCGGGCAUCUCCUGUGGGCGUCUUGUGAGGGGGGCUGUCAUGCGGUGGCUGCACAGGAAGCAGCCAUGGUAUCUGGGGCUGGGAGGCAGCCAGCACGGGACCCAAACCUGGGCCCUACAAACCCUGGUGACCAUGUCCCAGUGGAAGCACCACCCUGGGCCAAGACCCUGAAACACUAGAGAAGCUUUGGGAAGGUGCUUUCAUGUAGAAUGGAGGGAGACAAAGUGGCUUCCUGGCACUUGGGUGGGAGGUGGCAGGGGCUGCAUGCAGACCUGGGAUGCAGGCCUGAAAGCUCCAUCUCCUCCACCAAGAGCACCCCAGACCCCGACCUCAGCAGCAGGCAAGAGUUGGGGAGGAUAUGCCUUCAAGCUGAUCGCGUUUUGAAUACUUAAUAGAACAUGCUGCAGUCAGGCCAGGCUGAGGCCGGGCCCACAAGUGGAUCCCGCGGAGCACAGCUCAGAUCACUAGAGGCCCAGAGUAGGGAGUCGCCCAGGCUGCACUUGUGUUGCUGGCACAGGCCACGGCCUCCUGAGAUGGAACUCAGGCCACCACACACCUUAUGAGGGAUGCCACCCAUCCAGCCAGGGAAGGCCCAGACUUGACACAGACUUCCCAGAACCACACAGCACCAAACCCCAUCAGGGCCCAGCAACUUCAAAACAAGCUCAAGGCCAAACGGCUGUCUGCCUUGGUGCAAAGAUCCCAACUUCAGCAUCUGACCCCAAAACCCACACCAGAGGGGGACCUCCCUACGGAAAUGCCAGAGGUCAUGGUGGCAGGUGGCGCCUUCCAGAAGGGAGCCCCAACGCUCUCACAGUGGCUCAGACCUGGUGCAGGCAUGCCCCUUUCCUGCCGAGACUCUGGGGACGUGGCCUUGGCCUCGAGCCUAUCUAUCCUCAGCAGGCUGUCCCUGGUGGUCUGUGUGAGCUUCCCUGCACCUGUGAUACUUUGCCUCAUUCCUGGGAAAUGCUGCAUAAAUACCCACAACUGAAUGAAGGUUGCCCUUCCUCCGCACCUCAGCCUGCAGUCUCCCAUCAUCUGGUGUCAUUCCAUCUGCAACAGAACAAACUCAUUCCAGGCGUUCAAGAGCGGGACUCUUGGACCUCACUCAGCAUCUAUAAAAUGGGCACAGCAAUGCCGGCAUUGCAGGACUGUGCUAAGACCCCAGAGGGAGGCAAGGGCAAAGCACAGGUGUCUGACGGGUGUGGCGCAGGUAGGCGUCAACGCCUGCUGGGGCCCAGUAAGGCAAGGCCAUAGGCUGGUGUUGCUGCUUUAAGCCCUGCCACCUGUCCCCUCCCUAAAAAGCAACAGGAGCUCAGAUAGAUGUCGCCUGAGCCCCUCCCAGCUGACUGCAGCAGCAGAGGCAGCCGAGCCUCCUCCAAAGCCCACAGGAACAGGGAGGCAACGUGGUCAGGCAGCCCUGCCACUUGUCGUUGUUUAAAAAUUAGGUUAUUUUUUAAUAAUCUAAUAACAAGUACAUAACCUAAAUAAGAAAUACUUAAAGUUUCAUUGUGCUCACUUCUAGUUUUAUUUCUGAGCUGAGGUUUUUUGGCAGAAAGUUUAGUUGAAUCCUCAAACACAGCUGGCUGUAUGAGCUGGAGUUUUCCACUUCAGGGAACUGAAAUAUAUUAAUUCAAUCAAAAAUAGUUUACUUCCUCAGGGGAAGUAAACUGAUUUUGUUUUGUUUACCUCCCUCCCACCCCAGCCUUUCCCUGUGCCAAGUCAUUGCCUAAAUUUAAUAGCUUGACAUUCUGGGAGGCCAAUGGCUGUCACCAGGGGAGGGAGGGGGGAGGUCAGCAAAGGGUGCAUUUUCAGCUCACCGUGCUCAAGUUGAGAAGGAAAGAGACAGACCUGACACCUCCUAAGGCUUUCAACCCAGUGGAGUAGAAAUCCCCAGACACUGCAACAUUCCUGCCUGGCAAGAGGUCCCCUCUGUGCCUGAACUGCACUGAGCUGACUCCACGCUAGGCUGUGCCUGCUUCACAGUUUGGUAAAUGUUGACUUCCCACGAUGCCCACAUGGAAGCUGCACCUUGAGGAGGAACAUGAUACACGCACACAGCCAGACAGCAGGACACCCGCGUGAGAGGCAGAGGCGCUUCAGAGAUGGCACCAGCAGGACCCCAGGCUUCCAGUUGCUGCCUCGCUUCCCUGCGAUCCGAGGUGGAGCUGCUGAGACAGCAAUGGCAUAUCUAUCUAGGAAGCACCACAGGUAUACAAGCACCGUGUUUGUGAAUAGUCAGUACUCUUUUCUAGUAUUUUUUGACAUACUCCAGAAAGAUUAAAAACAGAGGUAAAAUUCACCCCAUAAUUCUUUCAUUUAAACAUAACUAUUAAAAUUUAUCAUUUGUCACGUCUUGCUGUGCUUCUUCACAGCAGCAAGGGGGACACGCUCCAGCUCCAACGGGAACGUGUCUGCAUCACCAGAUGACCCGUGUUCUUGCGGCAACACAGCAGCAAAAGGUGGGUUUGCCUCAACAAAGGCCGCCAACACCAGUGCGCUAACAUCAGAUUGUCUUCUGUUAAAAAAUACAGAUUGCCAAGAAAAGCUGGCUUUUAAUAAAAUAAAUGCAUUGUUAAAUCUCAUGUUCUCAGGAGUCAACAUAGCAGAGAAGUAAAAGUACAGUGUACUGAUGAUAGAUAAAAGCACCAGGUACUGACAACAAGGAGAUAAAAUCCACAUCCAAGAUCUCAGAGACCCUGGCCCAGGAGGGCAGGUGGAACCGGGGAUGGAAGUCCACAGCCGGUCCCUCACCUGCCAGCAGCAUCAUCAACUCUUACCCACCUGCCGAUGCCAUUUAAAAGUAAAACCUUCUUGGCUGUGGCUACUGGGGGCAGGUGUUCCCGCAACAGAGCCAGAAGCACUGCAGACAUGGAGCAGUAUAAACCCUUGCUGUGACCUGGAAGAGGUGAUCCCAGUAUCAUGUCUCAUCCUACUGCAUCACAUCAAAUCUGCUCAGCAACUGCUCUUGACAGUACUUUGUUUUUUCCUUUCCUGCAGUACCAGGGAAAAGGGCACAAAAAGCCCAGAAACAUGACAAGUGAGUGCAUAUAAUUCAGUCAACCCUCACAGUCCUUAAAACCAAAAAACCCCCAUGAAGCCUGUGCGGCUCCCCAGGCUGCAGGACCGGAUCAGUGAGGCUGCCAGUACUCAGCGUGCUGCCGUUAGAGGGAGUCCCCCCCGCAUGUUAACCCCCAGUAACAACAACGGGUGCUGUGCUGAUGACCUCAGAACAUGGCAGGCUCCUGGGCCAUCGCAGUGACUCACAGCAGUCCUAAGAGACAGGCCUGCUGCUUCCUAUCGUGCAUGAGGAACAAGGUCUCUCAGGCAGAGCUGCAAACACCCACAUGGUGGUGAGUCCAGGACAGGGCCUCACAUGUGGCAUCAUCGCCACCUCAGGAUGGGCAAAGGGAUGCAUGGCAGACAGGCACGCUGGAUACUAAUUGUGACCUUCCAGUUGUCAGGACCUGUACUGGUAAUCCCAGUCAACAUCACCUUCCAUAGCAGUCUCUCUUGGCCCCCCACCACACAAGGGACCCUAGGCGGUGUGCCCCAGGGUGUGGCGUCCCCGCUGUCCCAGGGCUGUCAGCCCAGCAAGGAAGAGAUGCCCCACAGAAAGAACAUCUUGAACACAGCCAUGACAAGAAGGACAAUCAGGAAGCUCGGUGUGAGCAUCUGGGCUUAAGGGAGGGCGGCUCCACGGAACCCUUCUGCUGACCUCUAAAGACAGGAGACAAAGGGUCAUGGACGAAGUGGUGGUGAUCAGCCCCUAACCUGGAGACUUCCACAGCCAAAGAAGCUACCAGAGAAACGUGUGGUGCCAGGUGCCUCCCACUCCGGGGCACAUCACUCAGCCCAAAUUCUCAGUGGGCUUCAGGAUGCUGCCUGGGGGUGAUGAUAUGGCUCUGAGCAUGGACCCAUCCACACCUGUCCGCCUGCUGCCUCGCUCCCAAGGCCCUGCAUUCCUGCCUAAAGCUCACUGGAAAUGUCGCUGUCUACACCACCACCAUUAUAAACACCCAUAGCUGUCUUCCUGGAGGUGGCAGCUUUAAUAGCAACUACACCAGUGAGUCCUAAAUUUCUAGCAGGGGCUGAUGAGCACCAGCUGUAUUCUGCAAAGCCCCUCACCCACCCAAACCCUGUGCCUCCUGCCUUUAGCUCUCUAUAAUUGAAGUGUUUAAAUAAACAAGAGCCUUUGGUUAUAGCUAUUCAAGACUCAUCUAAGAUGCAGAAAACCUAAUCUAAGAUUAGGAAGUGUUCAAUAUUUCACAGCUUCACCAAUAUCCUUCAAGCUUCACUAUUUUCUCCUCAAAGCUCUCUCUGAGAAUACCCUCACUUUAUAAACAGAAAAGAAAGCCUGAAGGUCGGCAGCUGGGACCCCUCUCGGGGCUGGUGCUGCGGACCAAGGCCUCAGUGAAAGGGCCACACUGAGCAGCCGCAGAGUACUGCCGGGCGCCGUCUCUACUUGGUUACCAAAUAACACAGCUCCAGGGUUUGAAAUAUUGAGCUGUCUUCUUUCAGUAGAAUUUUACACUUCUGAACAACUGACAAAAGCUAGUUCACUUUUCUGUUAUUAGCUAAAAGCUUAAGUUUUCAUUUCCAUAUGAUUGUUCCUUCACAAUAGGAAUCUCAAAGGUUCUCAGGUAACAGAGUAGUGCUUUUUCUUAAAUAGGUGCAGUCAACUGGCUGGACUUGCAGCUUCCCUAACAGCAGACCAGUCCUGAGCCCAGCAGCCAGUGAGAGGUGGCGGUGGCCUGCCCCAUCCCCCUCAGGGCUGCCAGCAACAACCAGAUGCCAACGUACAAGGCCCCCAAUGGCAGGGUGAGGGCUGAUGGCCACUGCCAACCACUGACGGAGCCACCACAGCAGCUCUAUUAGGUCUGAAGAACUAGAAAACAAUAAAUCACUUAAAUCUGAGGCUGAACUGAGCAUCAUUUCAUCUGAUUCAGCCCUCAUUUUGAUGUCUCAUAUCCACAAUUAGAAACAAUUUUGGGAUUACAGAACUGCAGGCCAAGAGGGGAAUCACUUGUUGCUGCAGUCUGAAUCCCCAAAUGUUGAUUCUGGCUGGUGCUGGGUCAGAGAGUUCACGUGGCAAGUCGCAGCCCGAGGCAGACACACUUUUACCAAGCAACACAGCACCUGGAUGACAAGGGAUACUCUGUUUCUGCUGGGGGCUGAGGCCUGCUCAGUGCAUUUCUACCUCAUCAGCUGGGCUAUAACUGUUUUUCUACCAGAAGGAAAAAAAUAAGCAGCAAGCGCUCUCAGUCAUUCACCGCUGUUUAAACAACCUUUGGACUACUCUGAGCAAUUUUUUUUUCCCCCCCCCCACAGGGCCUCACUCUGUCACCCAGAGUAGAGUGCUCUCUGCAGUUAAGCAUUUUUUUUUUUUUUUUGGCGGGGGGGGGGAAAUGAUCAAGUUAAUGUUGAGCACUGGAAAAAUCAUCUUAGCCAGCUGAUCUCUUCAGAGCUGACUCAAGAGUGCCCUGCUGGCUGGUCUUUUGGUUGAUCAAGCAAAUAUCAACUGAAGAAUGACCAAAAAAAACCUAAAGCAAAUUAAUGGCUAAAACUAAAUUGGCGGAGUGACAGAGGGCAGAAUGUUUCCCUCACCUAUGAGACAGCCAGAGGAUGACCAGAAUUACAUGGCAGGUGUGGGUGAGAAGCUCAGGCUCAGGCUCUGAGGGCACCGGGCAAGACCGGGGGCAGGAGGAAAGGGGGGGCAAAGUGGGCACCAGUAACAUCCAUGCUCCCCAGCAAGGGUGGAGUAGGCGACACUGCAGUCCACACUCACCCAUGAGGUCAGCGAGAAAGGCCAGGGAAUGCAGCUGUCCAGGACGCGGGCCUGAGAAGAGGGAUCCCACAUGGCCCUGGGCCUCCCCGCAAAGCAUCUGCACCCCAAAAACACAGCCUCAAAGGCACUGCAGGCUCCAGGGUCCUGUUCCCAUGGGAGUGAACAGCACUCUCUAGAACACGCCACCGCUUUCUAAAAGAACUUGUUUCUAAGAGAUGGUCAUCUUUUUUAAAGAUACAUAAAAAUGAAUUGUUGCUACUAUGUUCAUUUUUCUCCACUUGAACAUGAAGGAGUAAAAGCUUAAGGACAGAACUCAUGAAAUAAAGAACCAAAAACAGCAGCCGGGGUGCCCCGCCACACUGUUGCCCUCCAGAGUGGAGGGCCCUGCACCAAGGACUCAGUCACACACAGGCCAUUCAAAUACGCAAAAGACACAUCUUGAAAACCAAGGUUGAAGUUGUUCAUUUAUUUGUGAAAAGUCUACAUGUGUUGACUACAUUCUAAAAUGAGGCUAAAUAGGAAAGGUGCCAUUAGCUCUGAGUGAUUAAAGCCAUCGUAAGCAGAUGCCAAUAAUCAUGCAAACCAAUAAGGAAAGAGCUUAGAAAUAGUAUUUUUAUUUUUAAAAAACCUCAACAUUAAGGAGGAACCCUUCUCUGAAGCACAUCACUUUCCUAUUAAAAAAUAAAAAAAGUACAGUAGAAGGAGCACAGGACCACUCUCCUCACACAGGCAAGCUGUGUGUUUACACAAUUCAAACACCCAGAAUCAAAACCACAUUCUCACAUUAACUUGUGAAGAUAAUAAAUUUGCUUUGAUAAGUUCUUUCAAGAAAAGAUAAUUUUUCUCCCAAAGCACACCAAUAAAUAUUUAUAUUAAAAACCACAGUUAAUUUAAUCAGGCACAGAAGAAAAAAUCAUUUUUACAUUAGUCUUUGUAGAUAAGAAAAAUUUGAUUUACAGUGCAUAUUCCAAUCCCAAUCUGGGUUUGUCCUCAAAUUUUGAGAAAUAGCAUAAAGAACUAUUUUGCCAACUGUGCGUCACAAUUCUAUGAUUGACGUGAGUUGCAGGCACUUAGCGUUCCAACAGAGGCACGGCAACCGCAGCCAUCACAGCUAAAGAGCUCCCCACAACAUGGGCAGCGUCCCCAUCUCCCCACACACGUGUGAUUUCCAGAGUUUCAAACACAGUGUUUGCAUUCCUGCGCAGCAAGACCAUGUUAGCCAAAAACAAACCUACACUGACUUCCGCUGGAAAGUAUUUGCAGAAGUCAUGAAAUGGUGUAUGUUUUUACUAUCCCAGCAAGCACUUCUCUAGGGAAAAGGACAGUUACGACUAUUUACCUGAGGAAAUUUAGAAUUUGUCAACUUAGCUGUUAUACUAAAAAUUAUGAACUUGUCUCUGUAUUAUGGAACAAAGAAAACCUCCACAACUUCACCAUUUCAAGGUUCUAAUACAAACUGGAAUUUUUGUUUGAACACCACUUGAAGCAUGUCCCCCUUUCAAGACUUGAUAAGUAAACUUCUUGUUCUAUUAAAAAAAAAAAAA